AUGGCCCUGUCCUGUGAUCGCAGCGUGACAGCCAGGAGCCGUUCUCCUGGGCCGUGCUUCCUGCUUCCAGGCUGGCAAAGAGUAUUGCCAGAUGAGAGAGAAUUUCAAUAUGCUGCUAAAAUGAACAAUUUGGAAACCAUGGAAAAGCUGUUUAAAAAGAAUGUUAACAUAAAUGCUGUAGAUACUCUGAAGCGCACUGCAUUCCAUUUUGCUGUUGCAAGAAGUCAUAUAUCGGUGGUGGAUUUUCUUCUCCAUCACAAAGCUAGACUUGAUAUGGCGGAUCAGCAUGGCCUGACAGUGAUUCAUCUUGCAGCUUGGACUGGAAAUCUGGAUAUAAUGCGAAAAUUAGUUAAAGCAGGCGCUGAUCAAAAGGCUAAGAAUGAGGAAGGAAUGAACGUACUGCACUUUGCAGCUCAGAACAACAGUGUUAAAAUAAUUGAUUAUUUUCUCCAAGAUCUUCAUCUGAAUGACUUGAACAAGCCUGAUGGGAAAGGUAAAAAGCCAUUUCUUCUGGCAUCUGAAAAAGGCCAUGUUGACAUGAUAAACAAUUUGAUUACUCUGAAGCUGUUUACGUCUGAAAAAGAUAAGGAGGGAAACACAGCAUUACAUUUAGCAGCCAAAAAUGGUCACAGAGAUGUUGUAGAAAUUCUGCUUGAACAGUGGGAGGAAAUAAAUGACCGCAAUCAGAAUGGAGAAACUCCAUUUUACUUGUCUGUUGAAGGAGGUCAUGAAAAAUGUGCUGAACUCUUACUGGAAGCUGGGAGUGACAUCAAUGUUUUAACUCAAAACAAUAGCAGUGCUUUGCAGAUUGCAAUUCAGAAUGGACAUCUAUCCUUGGUUACUUUUCUUAUUGACAAGAAUGUUGACCUGGUUCCUAAACCCAAGCAGAAGAAUUCCCCUCUCCAUUUAGCAGUCAUCAAUAAUCAUCUACGAGUAGUAAAAAGCCUCUUGGAUGCCAAUCAUAGUAUAAACUCCUUAAAUCAUAGGCAGGAAACCCCUCUGCAUCUGGCAGCUGAUCUUGGCAAUGUGGAGCUGGUGGAAGUGCUGCUGAAGGCAGGCUGCGAUCUCAAGACCGUGGAUAAGCAUGGAAAAACUGCACUAGCUGUGGCAUCAAGGAGCAGUCAUGUCCUCAUUGUAGAUAUGAUCAUUAAAGCAGAAAGGUAUUAUACCAUGAAACAGGAGCACCUAGCUCACAGUGAUGACAGGUCAGACUUCAGCUUGUCCUUCAAACAAGAUCAUAGUAUGCAGACCAAGCAAAUCCGUUCCUCCCUUUGGAAUCUAGCAUACAACCAGUUAAAACCCCAGGAAUGGAAAAAACUGGCCCUGUUCUGGAAGUUCACCGGUGAACAAAUUAAAGCUAUUGAACAACAAUGGACAGGGAAAAAAAGUUAUAAGGAACACGGAAACAGAAUGUUGCUCAUCUGGUUACACGGUAUAUUGCUGGCACGUCAGAAUCCUGUCAAGCAUAUAUAUGAAGAUCUGAUGGAAACAGGAUUUCAGCCUUUAGCUGAGAAGAUCAGAGGUGCAAGUAGCACUGACAUGGACUCCAGAAAAUGUGCAGUUUCAUGA